AUGUCACUUCAAGUGAGAUUUAUUACAAGACUCGACAAAUAUUCCGUACCGGAUUCAACAUUGGUUAUUCCAUCAUCAUCGACCAAUGCUCAAUUGGAAGCAAUUCUCAAAGGAUUAUUACAACAAUCAGUAUCAACGAAAGAAUUAACUCGUGUUUCAUUUGAUUUUUUAUGUUUAAAUCAAUUGAUUCGUUCAUCAUUAGAAGAACAUAUUCGUGAGAAAGAUGAAUCAUUAGUUGAAUCAGUUAUUGAUAUCGAAUAUAUUGAAAAAUUCCAAGCUCCUGAACCCGAAGAUGCUUUAAUGCAUGAUGAUUGGGUUUCUGCAUGUCGAUCAUUAGGUGAUACAAUUUUAGUUGGUUGUUAUGAUACAAAAGUUCAUCUAUGGAAUAAUCAAGGAGAACAUAUAACAAGUCUUCCAG